AUGGCUGCAUCAAGUUCAAGUGGACCCUCUAAACCGCAGGAGUUAGAGGCCCGUGUUAUAACGGCGGCACAAGAUAUAAUCAACAGGUUAGCUCAAAUUCUUCAGCAACCUAAUACCACAUGUCUACCAAAUGCUGAGCACUCUCACGAGCACUCAGGUGGACAAGCCCAGACCCCAAAAGAUACAGUGCAGGCGGAGAUGGCAAGAAGUGCAGGAGAAGUGUUUUCAGUGAGCCUUGCCCAGGGAGGUCCACCACCCUGCUUCCUGAGAAGCUGGUGUUAUCAGUUUCUUGCAACAGGAAACUUCGAUGUUCUUCAGCUGACCAAAGAUGAUGUGGAUGACACUGAAUAUAGGUCUCUAAUCGAAAAGGUGGAAGUGGCAGACAACCUGACAGACCUCACUGAAGACAUUGUGAGCCGUGGUUACACAGGACUUGUGAAGUUGGACAAACGGGACAGUAUAAUAAGAUCAAUUGUUGUGCAUGCUACGGUGCGUCUGACUCCAAUGCUACAGCAAAUCAGAAAUGGCAUGAAGAUCUACAACCUUCUGGAGGUGAUUGGAAGGCACGAAAGUCUCUGUUCAAACCUGUUUGUUCCCAUAGAUGAGAAUGAUGAUACAGCGCCGGAUGCUGAUUACAUAAUGAGCAUCCUUGAGCCUGAGCUGAGUGAGAGGGGAAGUCCAAGGCAUGCCAAAGAAAAUGCCAUCAUCAACUUCUUCCAAGACUUCCUGGAGAACCUUGAAAGCUCAGAUCAGGAUAAAGACAAAAAGAGCUGUGAGUAUGGGAUCCAAGUCCUACAGGACCAGGAAGAAUACUGGAUUUCCAAACACCAACCACCGAGAAUGUCUGUCCCAGCGAUUAUGCAGUGGUUAACUGGACAAAGACACAAGCCAUGCCUUCCUUCAGAAAGGGCAAAUUUUAAAAUACAUGUAAGAUUUGAGCAUCAAUACAAAGAUACGAUGCCUGAACACUACAUAUGUUACCCACUUGUAAGUGCCUGCACAAACACAAUCAUCUUUCCUGUGGCACACAUGAACUCAUACACCGAGUUCACAGACGUUAUGACAACAGCUGUCACAAUGGGGAGAGAUUUCAGCCGUGUGUAG